UCCACUUCCGAUAACCAUUUGUUAUUACCCUUUAGCUUAACGCAACGGGGGGGCAACAGCGAGCGAAGCUACCAGGUUGUAAAGUGCAACAAAAUGAAAGCUUUCGGUUAACUUUGCUUUUUUGUUACCGCACAGACACGGAGUUACUUUGUUGGAUAAACUGUUAUCGUGUCAUUUGUCUGCCUGGGAAGAGCCAGUGGGCUACACUGAAACCCGUCGGGCCUCGUCGUCGUGGCCCAGCAGGACUCGAGUGAAGUUGGAGCCAAACUUCUGCUUCCUCCAGCGGCUCUCUGCAGGGCUCGGGGCUCCUGUCACCGGCCCUGUGGAUGAGGAAGUGACUCUAAAUCUACCAGGAGAAAGGAAUCCCUUUGAUGGGAGAAUCCUCUUUCCUGGCCUCCUGGGUCAAUCGCCGUGCCAUGAUGAUGGAUGAGCAGGAGGCGCUGAACUCGAUCAUGCAGGACUUGGCCGAACUGCACCGCUCUAGCCGCCCUGCCACGUUCCUGUCAGACCUGGGCAAACCCAAAGCCUCCUCGCCCAAAAACCAGAACGAUGUCAGAGUGAAGUUCGAGUUCAAAGGGGAGAAGAGGAUCUUGCAGUUCCCUCGACCCGUCAAGCUGGAAGACCUGAAGGCGAAAGCCAAAGUGGCUUUCGGUCAGACGAUGGACCUUCACUACACCAACAAUGAGUUGGUGAUUCCACUGACCACUCAGGACGACCUGGACAAGGCUGUGGAGCUGCUGGAUCGCAGCGUUCACAUGAAGAGCCUGAAGAUCCUCCUGGUGCUCCAGAUCUCCUCUCAGAAUUCUUCCUCCAAUAUGGACCUCUUGCCGUCCCACGAGGAGCUGGACAACACGGGAUUCAGGGUCGCUGACAAGAAGAGUAUGCUCGCUUUGAUAGGCUCCCAUUCGACGGACCGCAGCUCCCCUCCACCAGGAUACAUUCCCGACGCGCUCCACCAGGUGGCGAGGAACGGCUCCUUCACCAGCAUCAACAGCGAGGGAGAGUUUAUCCCAGAGAGUAUGGACCAGAUGCUGGACCCGCUGUCGAUGAGCAGUCCGGAAAACUCUGCGUCUGGAAGUUGUCCCUCUUUAGACAGCCCUCUGGACAGCGACUACCCGAAGUCCAGGAUGCCGCGAGCACAGAGCUACCCAGACAACCACCAGGACUUUCCAGAGUACGACAUCCCAGUGUUUGAGAAGUCGGGGAAAGGUGGAACGUACCCUCGACGAUACGGCAUUCCCUUCGGCCUUCAGGAUUACAGUGAUGGGAGGAAGACCUUCCCACGGGCUCGGCGUACACAGGUUCACGGCUUCCGCUCGCCUGUUAACUUCAGCCCGACCGAGCAGUCGCCCAGCACCAGCAGCGGCAGCAGUGUCUUCACCCCCGACCUAGAGGAGGCCCCGGGGCCCGCCAGGAGGCCGCGGAGGGGCAGCGACAUUGAACCCAACCCUAACCCAACGGCCGCUCCAACCCUGUCUGUAAUGGACAUCAGCCCACCCAGCCGCUCUCCACGCGCCCCAACAAACUGGCGGCUCGGAAAGCUCCUGGGUCAGGGGGCCUUUGGACGGGUUUUUCUCUGUUAUGACGCUGAUACUGGACGGGAACUGGCGGUCAAACAGGUCCAGUUUGACCCGGAGAGUCCCGAGACCAGCAAGGAGGUGAGCGCCUUAGAGUGUGAAAUCCAGCUCCUGAAGAAUUUGUGCCAUGAGCGGAUUGUCCAGUACUACGGCUGUCUGCGAGACACAAUGGAGCGAACGCUCUCCAUCUUCAUGGAGUACAUGCCUGGCGGCUCCAUUAAGGACCAGCUGAAGUCAUACGGAGCGCUGACGGAAAACGUGACGCGCCGUUACACCCGGCAGAUCCUAGAGGGGGUUUCCUACCUGCACAGCAACAUGAUUGUCCACAGAGACAUCAAAGGGGCCAACAUCCUUCGUGACUCGGUGGGUAACGUGAAGCUGGGAGACUUCGGGGCCAGCCGCCGGCUGCAGACCAUCUGUCUGUCAGGAACAGGCAUCAUGUCUGUGACCGGCACCCCCUACUGGAUGAGCCCAGAAGUGAUCAGUGGAGAGGGAUACGGCAGGAAGGCCGACAUCUGGAGCGUUGGCUGCACCGUAGUGGAGAUGCUGACACAGCGACCCCCGUGGGCGGAGUUUGAGGCCAUGGCAGCCAUCUUUAAGAUUGCCACCCAGCCCACCAACCCUGUGCUGCCUGCCCACGUGUCGGACCACUGCCGAGAGUUCCUCAAACGGAUCUUUGUAGAGACUAAACAGCGGCCGUCUGCUGAUGAGCUACUGAGGCACAUCUUUGUACAUUAACCCCCGAACUUUUAACCCCCCCGCCUGCCUGCUGAACUGCCAGAUACGGCCUUACCCGAUGGAGCGUCUGACCCCGCCCCCUCCACGCUGAAACCAUAUUGGACCAGGACAAACUGGCUGGAAGAAGGUGGGGUGUGUCGAGGGUGUGUCUGUCUCUGUUUGUACGAGACUGCCAUAGAGGACAUGAAUUUUAAUUUUAUUUUUCUCCGCAAGUUGCACCUUAAUUUCUCAAACAAGGAAGGGUGGAGCACUUCCUCCUGAAGCGAUGAAAACGUCUCCUUUUUAAUGUUUGUACGUCAAGCGUUUGGGAGUGGGAUAGUGUUGGUGUUGUGGACCUACAGGAGGGGAAGCCUGACUCUGGAGUGGCCCUACCCCCUGCCAUCUCGCUGACCCGACCCCAGAAUGUAGUCUCCUGCCAAAAGCCAGAGCGCUGGUGAUGACCUGGGCCCGCUGCUAAAGACGAAACGAGACCCCCUAGAUGCAGAGAACACUCCCCGAAAACAGUUUCCACUCACGUGCCCUCAUCCCUCCUCCUCUUCCUCUCUGUCUUUCUGAUCUGUCAGACGAAAUGUUUUGUCUGUCUGCUUCACUGUUGGUAAACUACCUUCCCUCCUCUUCCUCCUUCAUCUUUGCCGUGUGCCUUUUCUGUUUUUUAAAACGCAGUGCUGGAGUGAGUCUUGAGUACAUGGAUCAUUUCCGUCGUUCUUACCCUCAAGGUUUCUCAGUGUUAUUUUUGCCUUUGCACCGUUAGCCCAAAUCCAGCUGAUCUCAGUUCAGCCGUUAUGUCCGUUUCUGCCUUUUCCGUACCAGGGACUCGUGGUGUUGAGCAGGGAGCAUCCUGAUCUCACCUGCCUGCUCUGGCUGGGAACCAAAUAUCCUUCAGACCUUCUGUUUGAAAGAAACUGCUCAUGCUGGUUUAGUAAUGAAAUGUAGUGGUGGUGGAUUUUGGGAUGUAGCAGCUAGCAGGUACUCAGACAGGGAUUGGUACUCCUGCUUCGGUCUUAGACAUGGCAACAGCCAUUUUCUCUUGAAAUGCACCCUUCUCUCCUCUGCUUCUCAAAGUCUCACCGUUGAUUGGUCGAGCUCUUGUCAUGGCAGAUCAGAGGGGGAUUAUUGCAAGAAAGUCGCCACCAGAAGGUCAGUUUACUGUUGAGAAAUGUUGCUACGUUUUAGCAGCUCACAUUCUGGAAAUGUACGAAUGGACAUCUGACUGGUGAGCAGAACAUUUCAUCUCCAUCACUGGAUACUAACAAGUGUGUAAUGAACUAGUCGACAUUUGUAGCUAGUGAAUAUUUAGAGUUUCUUCCAGUCUUCUAUGAAGGUAAAUUCAAUAGCUUUGGAUUUUGGAUGAUUGGGUCAAGAAAACUAAACGUUUUUAUUAACCAAACAAUCAAGAAAAUAAUUAAUGAACGUGAUCUCUAGUUGCUGCCCUGAAAUCAACAUUUUUAUUUAAAUCGGUAAACGUGCUCAAAAGAAAGCAAGAAUCUGACCUUUGCUGCCAACACAGGACUUCCUGUAUUCUGCCGUGACACCAGAUGAUUCCUGGAAGCAGUGUCGACCUGCUGCAAGGCAAGAAGCUCACAGCUGAUUGGCCGACGGCCUGGCUGUAUGACGCUGUCAGUUUAAUUUCAAACUAAACGAGUGUAGAGUGUUCAGCCUGGACAUCUCUCUGUCUCAUCAUUCAGCCUACAGGUCCAGUUCAGGGAGCUUCUGCUCCACUGCUUUGUUCCGCUGUUCCAUACCGGAGCGCGUUGUUGUGUCAGAUGUCUUGUUUUGCGUUUAUUUCGGCCUUACGUGCACUCCUACAGGUUAGCCUCACACUUGAAGACGUUUACAGUAUCACACAGCUUCGUUCCUUUUCAACAAUCGGCGCUGCAUUUGCUGUUGUUUCCAAAAUCAGAUGUUAACUCGUCACUUUAGCCAAACCACAAACACUCCGCUCAACGUGUGCUGGCUCUCGUUGCCGGUUCCUCCCGGGCCGAGCUUCCAUAACGUCUGUCUGUCUGAAUAGGACUUUCUGUUCAUAGCACUGGCUCCAUAACUAUGCACCAGUAAGAUGUGAACUCACUGCACACUGGACAGCUGUAUGUCCCGCCUGUGGCUCCAAAACACAACACCUACAUGCACACUAAUGACUCCUGCUGUACUCUUCAACACGAUCAAUCAUACCUUUUACCUAUACCGAUCACACCUAAUGCUGCUCAGCUCUUUGGUAGUUUUGGGUUGUGAAAUGUCUUUUAAUAUUUGUUUAGGCUGCAGAAAGCCAAAUAAUGCAUUCACAAAACAAACAGAACUUUGCAGAGAAGUAAUGAGGUGUAGAAAACUGUCUUCACUCGAAACCAUUUCUAUGUUCUGAUGUUAAUCAGACAGAAUCCUCCGAGUCUCUGCUGCAGCUGCAUGUUUAAUCAAAGUAAUAAUAGGAUUUAAACAGACGGUAUCUAAAGCUUUUCUCUUGCAUGUAUAGAGGUCAAAUCUGACAGGAAGCUGGAGUGUUUAUGCAGAUACGUUUCUGUUUACUAAAGGUGCAAUCAGUAAUAUUUUACCGCCACAAGUUAAUUGUAAUAUGUCGGAACAGAAAGACCCACUAUCUGUUGUGAUUUUCUAAACAAGUUGGGCAUGCUCUGAGCUUCCUGGACUUGUGUAAUUAAACAGGGGUGGAUAGUUGUCAGGUGUCCAAUGGUACGCAAAAUGUACGGUACAAUACAGAGUGCAGUUUUGGAGGUCUGCGGUUGGUACGUUUACGGUACUCGGUAAAACUUUAUGCGCGAUCACAGAAGGCUUGUAUCAUGUGGACGCGCCGACAGUGUUGUUGUCAUUACUUAGAAUUCCUCAUGAGGGAGACAGAAACUACGCACUAUAGCUUUAAAGAAAUGCAAACAACCCAUAGUGUCCCCCAUAGUGUCACUGAGAAAUGAUUUUGCUGGUUUGCGAUUGUUGUUGUAGUUCCCUGCAGCAGCCACUAGAUGUGAGUAAAGAGCCAUACUUUACUGAUUGCACCUUUUUACAAGCAGAAGGAAAGUUUUUUAUUUUUGCAUUUUGUUCGUCAAGCCUUCACUGAUUGGUGAAGGGUUAGUUUGACGAUGACUUUUCGUCAUGAGUCGACCCACACAGAACCUUUGUCGCAGCUCAGCUCGUGAUUUUCUCUAAAGGCACUUGUUAAACUUCUGCAGCUCUGUGGUAGAUGUUCAGCUGCAGUCUGAGACCAACUCCUUCACUCAGUUUAUGCUUUUUCAAAACGGUCUCUAAACGAAGCUACAGAAGAGAAAAAAAAUCUUGAUUUUUGCAAACAUCAGUGGUUGUAUUGAGUUUGAGGCGGCCUGCAUUAAACUGUCUGUUGUAAAUGCCGCCAGCACUGGUAACCCCUGGAAACGCACUUCCGUUAUGCACUCUUUGAUUGACUGAUGCUUUUUCACCAUUCUUCAUCGGCUGACGCUUGUGCAGCUCCGAUCAGCGACCUUUCCUUUGCACAUUUUAAAGGUGUGUGUGUGUGUGUGUGUGUGUGUGUGUACUCAAUAUAUGAAUGUAUUGUCUUGAUUUUUAACCGUCAGAUGGCCUCUUUCACCACCGUGGAUUUACUCGGUACCAGUAUUUGUCAUCUGCAAACGCCAAGAUACACCUGUAGUUCUCUCUUUAGUGUCUAAAGCCACUGCUGCCACUCCUGGGUGUGUUUGUGUGUGUGUGUGUUUGUGUGAGUUUGUUUGUGUAUGUAAACGUGCAUUUACUGCAAUUUGUGCUCUUUGGACACUGCGCCCGAAAUGCCUUGAGCAUUCUGACUGUAGGAGAGGAGAACAUUAAAAAAAGAUGAUAAAUGAAAAAAAUCAUGUACAAAUGUAUAAAAUGAAAAUGUACCCUUUUAAAAAAAAAAAAAAGAGAAAAGUCCACUUAUAUCCCACAUGUUUGGUCUCUGUAUUGUAAAAGAAGCCAUGUUUAUAAUUCUGAUUGGUUUGUGACCAAUACGCCUGUUUAUAUCAGAUCUGUAUAUCUGUGGUACGCAUAAUUUUUUAAUAUAUUUUUUAUUUUACUUUUUUUUAAAUGGGAGAUUUUAUGCAUGGUUGGGUCCUGAGAGACGCAGCAGUGCCGUUAAAUGGUUGCUGUUUUUUGGCAAAAUUCUGGAGUAUUGCGACAGCUCUGUGUUCAUAAUUACGAUUAUGACGAUGAAAAACAAUAAAAGAUAUUUAUUUCA